GUUUUUGACCUAGAGUCAGAACCCAUGAUGCAAUGGAAUGUGGAAAAUAGGCCAAGAUUGAAACCUCUCCACUGGGGCAUCCAGGACCUUUUUAAUGCAGAGGAAUUGCUGUCUUCUGACAAGAUUUAUGGGAUAGUGCUGAUAAUAAAAAAGCUGGUCUUUCUGAAAUACUUUACAGAAGAUGACAUUAUAAGCAUCUGGUUAAUUGCCUUGUUUUAAGUGGCAACCUACAAGUAAUACUGCUUCUACUAAAUAUCAUCCAUCAACUGGAGUGCCAUGCCUACCUGUGGGUAGACUAUAAGAUUUAUUUCACUGAUCAACUACCACAGUCUGAAAAUGCUUCUGAUUUUGCUCCUUAUUAUUCUUGGGAUCCAGACUUCUAAAACACAGAAACAGGCCUCCGAGUCUGUAGAUGUUGUCCUUCUGAUUGACAGCUCUAAUGCCCUUGGCAGACAAGCUUUUUCCUCGAUGAAAGUGUUGGUGAAUAGAAUGAUCAACAGUCUUCCAAUAGGGCCAGAUAAAUAUCGCCUUGCACUUGUCCAGUACAGUGAUGAUGUCCAUGUUGAAUUCCAGCUGGAUGACUUUAGAGUUAAAAACGCUAUGCUGAACCAUGUUAAGAAGAGCUUUUCAUUCUGGGGUGGGCCUUUAAGGACUGGGAAUGCCAUACAAAAGAUUCACGAGACUUUUUUCAAAGCACCAGGAGGAGACAGAGACCAGGUUUUGAUUGUUACAACUUCAGGGGUAUCAGAAGAUGAUGUGGAAAGACCUGCUGCAUUUAUGAGAGAAGAUGGGAUAAAAAUAAUUGCUUUAGGAAUGCCGAGGGCAUCUGAGCAAGAGCUGCAGUCAAUGGCCACGUAUCCAUUCAGUUAUCAUUUUGAUACAGUAAAAGAUCUCCAAAGGUUUUCCUCAAAUAUAUUAUCUGUCAUCGAAUCAGCUGUAGAAAAAGAUGAGAGCUUAUUCAUCUCCACAACUCCCCCACCCAGUGUAACUUACAGUGUGCCCAUAAAAGUUGCAGAUUGUUCUGGUGAUUCAAUUGCAGAUAUUGUAUUUGUGGUGGAUGAAGCUGUUUCACCUGUAAACAGUGAAUAUAUUUUAUCAUUCUUGCAAAACACAGCAAACUCUCUUGAUGUGCGGAAAAGCUGCAUCAGAAUUGGCCUUGUGGCAUAUAGCACUGAGCCUCAUACACUCUCUCAACUGAACACGGAAACAGAGAUAAAGGAUUUAACACAAAGAAUUAGGAGCUUUUCUGCCAGGCAAGGAAAAGCUAACUUAGGUGCUGCCUUGGACUUUAUCAGGCGAAGAACUUUCACUGAACGUGCUGGAAGCAGAGGGACAGAAGGUGUGGAACAAAUUGCCACCAUCAUCACCCACAGACCCGCCGAUGAUAAUUUAACUGAUGCAGCCAGUCUGCUUUUGCAAGAGGGUGUGACCGUAUUUGCCAUAAGCAUCGAAGGGGCUAAUAUCACACAGUUAAGGCCAGUAGUAUCCUAUCCCCCCCAGCGGAAUAUUAUAAAAGUAGACACAUUUUCCAACCUGCCAGAUCAGUUUAUAAAUUUUCAGAAAAAACUGUUCUGGCAUAUUCAUGAAACGUUUUCUGCCGAAGCUGAAAGAACAGCAGGGUUCCAAUCAGGAUGUGUGAAAACAGAAAAGGCUGAUAUUUACUUUCUCAUUGAUGGUUCAUCAAGCAUCUCUGACUAUAAUUUUAAUGAGAUGAAGACAUUCCUAAAGGAAGUGAUUAAGCUGUUUAUCAUAGGACCUGAUCAUGUUCGAUUUGGAGUUGUUCAAUUUGGAACAAGAUACAGGACAGAAUUUGAACUCGAUGAGCAUACGAAAAGGAACCAUUUAGAAAAAGCCAUUAAUAAUAUAAUCCAAAUGGGAAUAGACACAUAUACUGGAGCUGCUAUACGGUCUAUGCAGCCAUUGUUUAAAAAAGCAAAAGAACAGCGAGGUGAUGAAGUACCUCGUUAUCUUAUUGUACUGACAGAUGGAGAAGCGCAUGACAAUGUGCUGGAACCUUCUAAUAUGCUAAGGAGCUCUGGUGUCAACAUUUAUGCCAUUGGCGUGAAACCUGCUAAUAUCACACAGUUAAAUGAGAUUGCAGACUCAAAAUCAAAGGUUUAUUUUGUGGAACAGUUUGACUCCUUGAAAAAUAUAAAAAAUGAAAUUGUUCGAGACAUAUGUUCAGAAAAAGCCUGUAAGGAAAUGAAAGCUGAUGUCAUGUUCCUAGUGGACAGCUCAGGAAGUAUAGGACCUGAUAGUUUUGGAAAGAUGAAGAGCUUCAUGCAAGAGUUGGUUAACAAAUGCAGUGUUGGUCCAGACGAAGUGCAUUUUGGUGUUGUCCAGUUCAGUAGCACCAGUCAAGAGGAGCUCCCACUCAGCUCAUCAAAAGACCAUAUUGUUCAGGCCAUUGAGACCAUGCUUCAUAUGAAACAGAACACUUAUACUGGAGGAGCUCUGCAAUUUGUUUCUGAUUAUUUCAAACCUGCCAAAGGAGCACGGUCUUCUGUCAACAAAAUUCUUAUCCUGAUCACAGAUGGGGAAGCACAAGACAAUGUAAAAGAACCAGCUGUUGCUCUAAGAAAGGAUGGUGUCAUUAUCUAUUCCAUUGGGAUUUUUAAUGCCAAUAGUACACAGCUAGAAGAGAUCAGUGGGGCACCUGACAAGGUGUUUUACUUGGAAAAUUUUGAUAUUCUGAAAGACAUAGAGAAUGACAUCAUAUUUGGCAUAUGCAGUCCGUAUAAGCCUAAAGAGUGCAAAAGAAUAAGCCGUUUAGAUCUGAUUUUUGUAAUUGAUAGUUCUACCAGUAUUGGUCGUUAUAACUACGGUCUCAUGAAGAACUUCAUGAUUGGCAUUGUGAAUAAAUCUGAUGUAGGUAAAGAUUAUGUUCAGUUUGGAGCAAUAAAGUAUUCUGAUGAUCCAAAAAUUAUGUUCAAGCUGAAUAAAUAUAGUAAAAAAUCAGAUAUUAUUGAAGUUAUUCAGAGUGACACACUUUUAACUGGAAAUACAUACACAGCAAAGGCUCUUCAGCACUCGAAAGAUCUUUUAACUGAAGCGAAUGGCAGCCGCAAACACCAAGGUGUCCCUCAAGUUCUUAUGGUCAUAACUGAUGGUGAGUCUCAUGAUAAGGACAAACUUGGUAAAAUUUCAAAGGAACUCAGAGAGAAAGGAACUAUUAUUUACGCCGUUGGAAUAAAAGAUGCAAAGACUGACGAACUUGAAAUCAUGGCUGGAUCACCAGACCGUUGGUUCUAUGUGGAUACGUUUGAGGGACUAGAAAACAUAACCAUGAAACUAUCAGAUCACAUAUGCAAUGAUUCAAGACAAGCAUGUGACAUUGAAGCAGAACUUGUUAUCCUAACUGAUUCCAGAAGUAUCCCUGACAAAGAACUGAAGAGUGUGAAGGACUUUCUGAAAGCACUGCUUGAUGCACUUAUUUAUAAUGGCAAUAUUCUAGUUGGCAUGGCCCAAUUUAGUAAUAAGUUUCAAGAAGAAUUCCAGCUGGGCACUUAUCAAAACGUAUCAGAACUGAAAAGUAAAAUCACUAACAUGACACUGAUCACAGGAGACUCCACAUUGAUUGGACAUGCUCUCAAAGAAGUCAAAUCCUUCUUCAAAUCACAUAAACGAAGAGCAGCUCGAAGUAUCAACCAAAAGUUGCUCAUAUUCACUGAUGGAAGGUCAGAUGAUGAGUUUCCUCAACCAGCAAAAGAUCUGAGAGAUGAAGGUGUGGAGAUCCAUGCAGUUGGAGUAGGAGCCAUGACUGAUGCAAAACUUCUGCAGAUUACCAACUCCCCAGGCAGAAAAUAUAGAGUUGACUCUUAUAGUGAUCUACAACCUAUUCUAAGUCAUGUAAAUCAGGAAAUUUGUAAGGAGUCUACUGAAGCAACAUGUUUUGUAGAUGUUAUUAUUGGAUUUGAUAUCUCAUCUCAGAAGCCAGGAGACAAGUUAUUCAGUAAGCAACAUGUUUUGGAGGCCCACCUUCCUGAUAUUAUAAAAGCCCUAACAUCUUUAAGUGCUGCAAGUUGUACUAAGGGUAAAAAAGCACAGUUCAGUGUGACUGUUUCAGUAGAAAAUACAGAGCCAUAUUUCUUGGAAACUCUUCAGGUUGAUGAUACAAAUAUAGUAGAAGAACUCAGAAAUGUUGUGAUCAACAGUCCAUCUCAUCUCAACGUCAACUUCUUGAACACUAUUUGGAAUUUAUUUAAAAAUGUGACUGACAAAGAAAAACGAAACAUGGUAUUACUUCUUUUCUCUGAUGGCUUGGAUGAUAAUAUAAAAGCACUUGAACAAAAAUCUGAAGAACUUAGAAUACAAGGCCUGGAUGGAAUAAUAACAGUUGCCCUGGAAGGAGCCAAAGAUAUUGAUCAACUUCGGCACAUUGAGUUUGGAAAGGGAUUUGGAUAUAACACUCAAUUAUUGAUUGGCACACAAAAUGUUGCCAUGAGGCUUUUUCAGUAUAUGGACCAAAUUGCUGAGCGAAAAUGCUGCUGCGUAUUUUGUAGGUGUGAGGGAGAAGAAGGACCCCAUGGAGAAAGACGAGAAGAGGGGCCUAAGGGUGUGACUGGUUUUGUGGGACAUCCAGGAUAUCCCGGAGAUGAUGGAGAGCCGGGUCCCAGGGGAAUCCCUGGAACUCAUGGAACGAAAGGCGAUAUAGGAGAAUGUGGCACUAGAGGACGAAAGGGUCAACGAGGACUGCAUGGAGAAAGGGGAGAGAACGGGGUUGAUGGAGUUGAUGGAAUUAAUGGAGAAGAGGGAUCACUUGGAUUUCCGGGACUGAAAGGAGAAAAGGGGGACCCAGGAGAAAUGGGCAACACAGGACCAGUAGGCCCUUUUGGUGACUUGGGACCGAAAGGCUUCCAAGGAUAUCAUGGUGAACCUGGACUGGACAACAACAUAAGAGGAGCAAAAGGCUUCAAAGGGCUGUCAAGAAGGAUGGGGGAAAGAGGAUCAAAAGGUUCAGACGGGUCAGCAGGAUCCCCAGGAAAUAAGGGAACUGAGGGAAACACAGGACUUUCAGGCCCAACGGGACAGAAAGGAAUCCCUGGUCCAGAUGGUUUGCCAGGAGAUCAAGGAGUUCAAGGUUCACAGGGGACAACUGGUAUUCCUGGAGUGAUAGGAGAAAAAGGACAGCCAGGAAACCGUGGCCGUCUAGGAGACACUGGAGUUGAAGGACCUGAAGGAACUCAAGGGAAGCCUGGAUCCAGAGGGAAUAAGGGAGAAUCUGGGGAACCUGGAAAGAAAGGCAAAAUGGGUUUCCCUGGCCAGCAGGGAAUGAGGGGAGAAGAAGGAGCUGUUGGUUUUGGCAAAACAGGAAGGAAAGGAUCAAAGGGAAUAGGAGGAUUUCCCGGUGACCUUGGACAGAAGGGAAAACCUGGAGAUAUGGGCAUUCUUGGAAAACCUGGACCAAAAGGAAAAAGAGGAAGAAUGGGUAUUCCAGGAUUAGAUGGUGAUGAUGGUGAACCAGGAACAUGGGGUUAUCCUGGACACCCGGGUCCAAAAGGAGCAAAGGGCCAGCCCUUCUAUUCACCCUGUGAACUUAUUAAGUACAUGCAGGAACAUAGUCCCUGCUGGACAGGUGAGUUUUGUUCCAAUAGUUAAUUCUCCUCUUGUUCUGUAACAAGAACAGUGACCACAGGCAGUAUUCUAUAUCAGUUUUAGUACUGAUCAAUCUGGCCUGUGCAGCUUCAUCUCCCUUUUUCUGCCAUUCUGCUGAUCUGCCAUCUCUUGGACACUGGGAACAUACAUUGGUUGCCCACUGUUAAUAGCAGAGGGAGAACAGGGACUUGAAGCAAGACCAUUGGAGGGUUAGAUGCAGAUAAGGGAUGCAGCUGCUUCAGAGUUCAUGUCUUCCAAAGGAUGCAGCAACUUUACUAAUGAAGGAAGGUGCUUUGCUUGCUCUUCUUUUGAAUGCUUUGUACCACUGUAGUAUGCAUGUACAUCACAGUUCUGG